AUGCAAUCUAGCAACACCACCUCCAAAGACUCUUGGUCUGCUUCCCAGUACAAUAAAAAUGCGGCAUUCGUUUAUUCCGACGCAUACACACAGCCUAUACUUGAGUUGCUUUCCCUUAAACCUGGAGAGCGUAUCCUUGAUAUGGGUUGCGGUACGGGCGAGCUAACUUGCCGUCUACGAGAGGCCGUGGGACAGGAUGGAAUGAUCGUGGGCAUAGACUCGAGCCAGAAUAUGCUUGAAAGGGCCAAGGCAAAUGGCGUGGAAAAUAUUUUCUGUCCUGAUAUACAGAGUCUUACUAUGCUCGAUCGGUUUGAAAGUUUGGCGCGUACAUUCGACGCCGUCUUUACCAAUGCUACGCUCCACUGGUGUAAACGAGAUCCACUAGGAGUCGUACAGGCAGCUAAGCGCACUCUGAAACCGGGAGGCCGUUUUGUAGGAGAGUUUGGUGGAUAUUUAAACUGCGUUGGUGUACGAUCUGCAUUGCACCAGGUCUUACGGAGGCGAGGAAUCGACCCUUCAAGGGUUGACCCGUGGUAUUUUCCGCGGUCAGAGCACUAUGCUAGUGUACUCGAGUCUGAGGGAUUCAAAAUUGAACAAAUAUCACUCAAUCCUCGUUUUACGCCCCUACCAGGUCCCUUGAUAGAUUGGCUUCGAACUUUUGCGCGCAACUCAAUACUCGCUAACAUGAACGACGAAGACGCAGAACAAGUUAUGCAAGAUGUUUCCGAUUUAUGCGAACCCGAUAUGAAGGAUGAGAAAGGAGGGUGGGCAAUUAUGUAUGUCAGACUAAGAUUCCGAGCGGUUCUUCCUCUGUAA